GCGAGCGGGGGCGGGACACCAGCAGCGAUUCUGCUUUAGCUUUGGCUUGACUUCAGCUUGGCUUCGCUCUUCUGGCUUUCUGACUCAGGCUUCGGCGGAUUCUGCUUUGGCCUCCUCGCACCCUCGCACCCGCACCGAACCGCCUCCUGCGCACGGAACCUAGUGAUGACUACGGUACGUAGCGAGUGGCCGGCUGCGGUGGAGCUGUGUCGUGAAAGUCAAACAAUUAUGACCCGUCCGGUGUCAGCCGACAAGGCGACACAGCAAGCGCUUGACGUGCAGUAUUACAACUGGUUGGAUACCUCAUUCGCGGUAGAUUUCGAGACUAUCUCAGGGUCGUUGUCGGAGCUCAAAGACAUUGCCUGGACCCUGCUGGAGUAGUGCUAAAGGCCUUCCGCACGCUUGAGAAUGAAUGGCGCGCGGUCGGUGACCCCUUCCCGACCAUCUCGACCAUGCCCUGCAUGCUGGUCCGAGUUCUUGGCCGGUGGUGGUGGCAGUGAGGCCUGCAGUGGCGGUGGCGGAAAGGCCUGUAGUGGUGGGGACACAGCAAGCUGCGGCGAUGCCGGCGGUGCAGGAGGUGGGCAAGGCUGUGGCGGCCACCACACGGCCGCCCGUGCCACCCAACGGCAGCUAUCCAGCUACCAACGUCCGCCGCUGGUACCACUGGGCACUUCGGCGGCAGCAGCUGCUGCAGCAGCAGCAGCAGCAGCAGCCGCACGCAAGCCAACACGUCCUCCAGCCGGGCCCGACUUGCAACUUCCAUCGGCUCUAGAGUUGGCUGCAGUGGCGGCACGCGGUCCAGGUGUCGCAACGGCACCUAGAGUACCUCUGCAAGUGCAGCAGCAGCCCGGGGGAUCCAGUAGCAGAUUGCUGGCGGAGUGUUCAGUACUGUUGGCUGGAGGGGUCGGGAAUGAGACACGGCACAAUCAGCGACUCUCGCAGCACCUUGAUUGCGGCAAGCAGCAGUCGCUGGAGCUUGCAACCAGAGGUCCAGGG